AUGAACAAUGAGGAGAGUGUGUCUGCUGUUAAUGACCCAAAUAAUGCCCAUGUCACCAAGCCUCCACAUGCUGUGGCCUCUGGAAGCCGGAAGAAGCCUUUGGAAAGGACUACUUACCAGGCAGCAAAAACACUCCGGUAUACAGAGGAUAGAAACUUACAGAACCCACACUGGGUGAUCCAGAAUCCAGCUGGAAUGACAGGCUUACAGGCCCAGCCGUACUCAGUGGGAACGGCUGGUGUGCAGUGCUCACCAGAAAUAACAACUGCCCAGGUCCUGCCUGGAGACCCUCAGAAUCCCCUGAACCCACAGGGAUCAGAGUGUGUCCCAGAGCCAACACAGACAUCGAGCCAUCCACACUGGAACAUGUCCUCUAGGCCCUGUUUUGAAUUUAAUCCCAAGAAAUUCAUAAAUGAAGAAGUCAGAACAUUAGGGGGCAUCCAGAUCAUCAUUGGCCUAUUCCAUAUUGUGUCUGCAGUCAACCCUGAACUAUACAGGAGUACUACUGUGCUGGGGAUAUCAGGGUACCUGAUCUGGGGAGGACUGUCUUUUAUCAUCUCUGGAUUCCUCUCAGUCUGGGCUGCAAAGGAUGCCAGCAGCUACCUGGUGAGCACCAACGUCGGCAUGAAUGUCAUCAGUUCCAUCUUCUCCCUUUUGGGCAUCAUUAUUAUCAUUGUAGAUCUGUGUGUUUCCCACUCUGAUAAUAAUUUACUAACGGGUUGUCUGAAGGCAAUCUCUGGGGGUCUCCUCCCCUUCGCCCUCCUGGAAUUCAUCAUCACCUGUAUGAUCUCACGUUUUGGGUGCCAGGCUGUCUGCUUGACCCAUUUAGAGAGCAUGACCAUGGCCUCAACCAAGUUCAGUAGCAACACAGUCAACAUGACCAAUAGACCUGUCUAUAUGACCAGUGGAUCUGUCUAUAUGACCAAUGAACGUGUCCAUACAACCAAUGAACCUGUCAACAUGACCAAUAGACCUGUCUAUACGACCAAUAAACAUGUCCAUAUGACCAAUGGACCUGUCAACAUGACUGAUGGACCUGUCAACAUGACCGAUGGACCUGUCAACAUGACCGAUGGACCUGUCAACAUGACCGAUGGACCUGUCAACAGCACCAGCCCAGACACCAACAUCCCAGUCCAGCACACCACCCCCAGUAAUGUUCCCCCUAGACACUCAUACAAAGAUAGAGCUGAUCUUGACAAGGAAUAG